AAAGGAAAGGGAGAAGAUGUCUCGAUUCCGAUGUACACACGACCAAAUCCCAGACAAAACCACUCUCUCUUGAUUUCUUCCUGAAAACACCACACACACACAUUACACCCAUCCACCAGGCAGAAGCUAGCUAGUUCAGCUUGUAGCCUUGUACGUACGUAACUUACGUGCACCAUGCGGCAGCUCAGAGAUGGCGGGGAGGCCACGCCGCUGGUCACCCCCGCUGCGGCGGCGGCUGCGGUGGGUGGAGGCGCCGGCGGUACCCUGACGUCGCCGAGCGCCGCGGGGAGCAACGCCAGCUUCGACGCCAAUAUGGUGAUCAUCCUGGCCGCGCUGCUCUGCGUCCUCAUCUGCGCGCUCGGCCUCAACUCCGUCAUCCGCUGCGUGCUCCACUGCGGCCGUCGCCUCGCACCGUCAACGGUGGCGAGGGCCACGACGGCCACGUCGUUACACGCUCAGCAGACAGGUCUGAAGAGGAAGGCCCUGAGGAAGAUACCCGUGGAGGUGUACGGCGGCGCCAGCGCCCUCACGGCCACGGCCACGGAGUGCGCCAUCUGCCUCGGCGAGUUUGCUGAUGGCGAGAAGGUGCGCGUGCUCCCGCGGUGCCACCACGGCUUCCACGUCCGCUGCAUCGACAUGUGGCUCGCCACGCACACCUCCUGCCCCAACUGCCGGGCCUCGCUCGCAGAGGACGGCGCCGCCGUCACCGCCGCUGGAGGGAGAUAGCGCCGGACCUGGCACGGGUUUGUCAUUUCCUGUAGAUAGAGGGACUAAAGUAAAACGUUACAUUGCUGCUUUGCUUCCUAAAAAGUAUUGUUGUCGUUUGGUGCGCUUUUUUGUUUUUGUAUGGUGGUACACGUAAAUUAGUUCCACAUUUUGCGAUGAUACAAGGGCCUUGAUGCAAAUUGUUUCUUGUGUCCUUGUCAUUUUGGGUAGCAGAAUAUGAGAUAUUUUGUCAUCA